UCAAAAGUCGUCUGUUCAAGUACUACUCCUCUUUUUCCAAUAUGCUCUUCAACAAAGUCUUCGCCGUCUCCGCACUCAGUACUCUUGCUGCCGCCACAGCCAUCGAGCGCCGCACGGGCCAGCCCAACGAACAAUGCCCAGGCCUCCAAUGCUGCCAACAGACGGGGCUAGCUUCCUCCAGCUCUAUUAUUAGCGCAGUUACAGCUAUUGAUCCCCUCGGGCUUCUCGCCUUAUUGUUGAGCGUGCCUGCCAGCGUCCUCGUUGGUGUUAACUGCAGCCCCAUCACUGUUAUCGGUGGUGGCAACGGUGCAUGCUCUGGAGGCACCACUGUUGUUUGCAAUGACAACAGCCACGGUGGUCUCCUCAACAUCGGAUGCGUCCCCAUUACUAUCUAAACGUUUGAGCGAUGAGGAACGAAGGAAUUUCGGUUGAAUAUCGUCGUUUGGAAAUAGUACUCGCCUUUGAUUGAAGUUCGGGUUUUUGUAAUUGAAACAGUAG